ACAUAUCUCUCUCUUGUUAUUAAAUACAAGGUCUCCCCCUUGUGGAUGGAGGCUGCAGUGCUACUCCUGACAUUUAAAAGUGAGCGUUAUGUAGUUAGGUGAAAUUAUUCGUUUUAAUAAGGAAAAAAUAAAUCUGACAUUGAUGUUAUUUCAUAUUUAUUCACGCUUCUUAAAAGGAGUUUCAUUUGAUCCAAAUUAGUGCGCCUGUAGUGAAUUCAGAACGGGAAACAAGCCAGCUUUGGGUUAGAUAGUUUAGAACUACUGGCUCCUCUUGUUUUGAUUCUCUCUCAAUCUUUAAUGGAUUUGGAGAAAGAUGGAUGAAGAUGCGUCGCUUGAGAGUUACUUUGACCAGUCAAUUGCUGGUUCCUCUAAGUACAUGUUUGGAGGAGAUUUGGGUUUGCAGGGCCCACCACAGCUUCAGGAUCCCUCGUUCCUUUCAUCCUCUAUCUCCAACCAACAGAAAGAUCUGUCUGAUGAUCUGGACCUGAGCUUUCUGCCUGAUGAGCUCAGUGCUCAGGAUGAAGGGGGAGAGGGCCGUACAGAUGACAGCGGUGUUUACCUGGACUGUACGACUCCAGCGACAACUGAAGCAGACGCUGAGGUCAAUACUGGGCCGCCGGCAUCCUCCUCCUUCUGCAACCUCCCUAUGACCCCCAUGACACCCAUGACCCCUGUCGCCCCUGUUUCAGAAAGUUCAGGAAUCAUCCCACAAUUGCAGAAUAUAGUGUCUACAGUAAACCUGGCUUGUCCUCUAGACCUGAAAGCCAUUGCACUUCAAGCUCGAAAUGCUGAGUACAAUCCAAAGCGUUUUGCUGCUGUAAUUAUGCGGAUCCGUGAACCCAGGACCACAGCCCUCAUUUUCAGCUCAGGAAAAAUGGUCUGCACUGGUGCAAAGAGUGAGGAGCAGUCUCGUCUAGCUGCAAGGAAGUACGCCCGGGUGGUACAGAAGCUCGGCUUCCCAGCCAAAUUUCUUGACUUCAAGAUCCAGAACAUGGUUGGCAGUUGUGAUGUGUGUUUCCCUAUACGCUUGGAGGGCCUGGUUCUGACACACCAACAGUUCAGCAGCUAUGAACCAGAGUUGUUUCCUGGUUUGAUUUAUCGGAUGGUAAAGCCACGGAUUGUCCUUCUGAUUUUUGUGUCUGGAAAGGUUGUUCUCACAGGUGCUAAAGACCGUUCUGAAAUCUAUGAAGCUUUUGAGAAUAUCUACCCAAUUCUGAAAGGAUUCAGGAAACAGUAAAAAAAAAAGUGCACUUCUACUUUUUAGUGAUUCUUUAAGUUUUCACUUGAAUCAAAACUUUGUUAGAGGACAUUUUGUAUUUUGUUUGCAAGCUUUGUACGUUUUUUGUAUGUGAUUCUGUCGUUGUGAUUACCGUUUGAGUGUUGAGAGGGAAAUGUUUUGUUAACACUUUUUGCUAAAUAGAACACUAAACUAUAAAAGUCUAAUUUUCUGAUAACUGGUUCUGAUUUUUAUACUAGAAAAAUGAUGCAAUACACCAUGCUGUUUCAGACCCUCUGUGGAUGUCAUGCUUGAAUUCUCAGGUGGCCUUGUUUUUCACAGCUUGUUGCCCCGGCCCACCUUUGCUCAAGUUCUCCUAAAAGAAUGUUGCUCUAUCAAUUUUAGGAUUUAAGGCGAUUAAAACGUGCUGUUUAUUAAUUG